GUUGCUUUCUGAAACGGGUGAGUUUGUGCAUGGGCCCUUUAAUAGCCAGCUUUAAUGUACUUUGGGUAAAUAUCUAGGAGUAGAAUUUCUAGGCUGUAAGGAAGGUGUGUUUAACUUUAUGAGAAACUACCAGAACAACUUCCAAUGUGCCUUACCAUUGUGGUGUGGUUUACCACUCUCACCAGCAGUUAGUGAAAGUUCCAGUUGCUCCAUACUCUUGCUAACAUUCAGUGUUGUCUGUCUUCAUAAUUGUGGUGAUUUUAGCAGGUGGAUGAACAGAAGUUUUUAAUUUUGAUGAAAUCUAUUUUAUCUUUUUUUUUCUUUUAUGGUUGUGAGUUUUUCAGCGCUGUCCAGGAAGCCUUUACCUAUGCUGAGGUUAUAGACAACCUCCUAUAUUUCUUUCUAAAAGCUUUACAGUUUUAGGUUUUACAAUUACAUCUAUGAUCCAUUUCUAGAUUACUUUUUGUGUAUGGUGUGAGGUAUAGAUCAAGAUUCACAUUUUUCUGUAUAUACAGCUAGUUUCUCUAGCACCAAUUGUUAAAAAGGAUUUCCUUUCCACAUGGAAUUGCUCUGGUGCCUUUGUUGAAAAUCAAUUGAUCAAACAAGUGUGGGUCUAUUUCAGGACUUUCUACUCUGUCUGACCUAAUUGUCUGUCUUUACAACAAUACUUUACUCUCCUGAUUAGGCUAGCGUUAGAGUAAGUCAUGGAAUUAAGAUAAUGUAAAUAAUCUUUGUGUUCCUUUUUAAGAUUGUUUUGACGCAUCUAGAUCUUCUGGCUUUUCAUAUGAAUAUUAGAAUCAGCUUGUUAAUUCCCCCCGAACCCCCAGAAAAAGGUCUGCUGAGAUUUUGAUUUGAUUUUGAUGUGUACUUGAGAAGAAGAUCCACUUCCUCCUGCUCCUGGCUCCUCCCUGUUGAAUGACGGCCAACUUGCAUAGGUUUCGGUUUCCUUGUGAAGUCCUCUCCAGUGCAGACUGCUGCCGGGCUGGUGUGAAAAGCAGCAGUGGCCACAGAGGUGGUGGAGAGAUGGCCUUCAUCUGUCCCCAGCCUCCCUACCUGAACCCGGUCGUCCCCUUCUCUGGGAUCAUCCAAGGGAGUCUCCAGGAGGGACUUCAGAUCACUGUCAAUGGGGCCGUUUUAGCCUCCAGUGGAACCAGGUUUGCUGUGAACUUUCAGACUGGCCCCAGUGACAAUGACAUUGCCUUCCACUUCAACCCUCGGUUUGAAAGAGGCGGGUAUUUGGUCUGCAACACGAAGCAGAACGGACGCUGGGGGCCAGAGGAGAGGAAGACGCCACUGCCCUUACAGAGGGGUAGUCCCUUUGAGCUCAGCGUCCUGGUGCAGAGCUCCCAUUUCCAGGUGACAGUGAACGGGAGCCUCUUUGUGCAGUACUCACACCGUGUGCCCUUCCACCGCGUGGACACCCUCUCUGUCACCGGCAUUGUGCAGCUGUCCUCCAUCAGCUUCCAGAACACUCGCGCAGCCCCUGUCCAGCCCGCCUUCUCCACGAUGCACUUCUCCCAGGCUGCCCGCUUCCCGCACAAGCCCAAGGGGCGCAAACCACAAAAGGAAAGAGUCAACCACACCGUGUUGAGCGCCCCUCAACAUAUGUGCCCGAAUCCUGCAGUCCCACCUCCGGCAUAUCCCAACCCAGCCUACCCGCUGCCUUUCUUCACCGGCAUCCCUGGUGGGCUGUACCCCUCCAAGAGCAUCAUUGUGUUUGGCACCGUCCUGCCCAGUGCUCAGAGGUUCCACAUCAACCUGCGCUCUGGGAGUGACAUCGCCUUCCACCUGAACCCCCGUUUCGAUGAGAAUGCCGUGGUCCGCAACACGCAGGUCAACGGCUCUUGGGGGUCUGAGGAGCGAAGCCUGUCAGGAAAAAUGCCCUUCACCCGGGGCCAGAGCUUCUCGGUGUGGAUCCAGUGUGAAGGCCACUGCCUAAGGGUGGCUGUGAAUGGUGGGCACCUGUGUGAAUACCACCACCGCCUGAGGGACCUGCCCGCCAUCAACAACCUGGAGGUGGCGGGUGACAUCCACCUGACCCAUGUGCGGACGUAGGCGGGAUCCCUGCCCUGGGGACGGGGCUGGGGCAUGUUGCUGUCUGGACUGCUCAUCACCUCCACCUUCCCUGUCCCUGCCCCAGCCCUUCCCAGCCCUUCCCAGCCUGCCGAGGAUCUCUGCUGGGGAGACCACGUCCUUGUCUGGCCCUGCUGAGGCUGCAGCCAGCCUGGAGUGGCGAGGGCAGCUGGCUGGGACUGCCUUCCUUGGUCGGGCGGGACCUGGGGCUCCAGCUGCCCAAGUCCUACCAUCUGAGGAGAGGGGUGGUCCGUGCAGGCUGAAGCCCUGUGGUCAGUCCCCUCGGCAGAAAGGGAGGUCCUGGGCCUUCCCAAGCACCCAGCCCAAGCCUACACCCCAUCUGCCCCUCAAGGACAUUCCCACCCCACUCAGCUCCACCUCAGUCCCAGGCCACCAGCUGUGCCCUCCACGGGGGAGGUGGUGUCCUUGGCCUCUCCCCGUUCUCCCACCUUCCGCCUCUCCCGCACCUGCACCCUCCCUUCCCCCCUCCAGGAAAGCUGCCCUGAGGACACCCCGCUGGUUUCCACCAACUGUCAGGACCUUCCCAGCAGGGGCUCUCCCCUUCCCGGUGUCCUUCAGGGAAAGAGAGAAAAAUGCUUGUCGGCUCCCGUGUGCAGGAUGAUUGUGGCUCUUUUAAUGUUUUUGGAGACAUCUUGGAGUCUCUGGAAUUGGGGAGGUCCUGGCUAAGAGGUCCCAUUUUGAUGGGGGGGUCCUGACAUCCACACCUGCUCCCAGUGGGUCCCCCAAAACUCCACAAGGGUGCGGGAGAAGGCAGACCAGGCUCAGGCCUCUUGGGCAGGAAUCUGUGACGCAGGAAGCUUGGGAACAGAGGGGAACCCGGGAAACAGCCCCAUGCUCCCGAGACGGGCCAAGGGAUGGGCCUGAACCCGUGGGGGCCGAGGCAGGGCCAGGAGGCCAGAUGGCAGGGCCAGCUCCUCAGAUCCGUGUGUCCCAGCGGAGGAGAUGACAGUGGGCUCAGGAGAAGCUGACCCGGAAGAGAGGCCUGUUUGCGGGGUUCCACUGGCGGCCCCCGGCCUUAGUGGUGGGGUGUGGUGGGGAAAGUGGUUCAGUGUGUGGGGUUCUGCCAGCGCAGGGCCAGUGCAGGGGGCCAGGCUCUGGGCCCACAGGAUGCUCACACAUCCUGCCCCCUCCAUCAAGAACCUAGGGCCUCGGGAACCAGGGUGGGGCUCAGGGCGCAGUCCUCAGAGCAGCAGCACCAGACACCUGGGAGCUUGUUAGAAAUGCAGAAGCCCGGGCCCCGGGGCAGCCCUCCUGAAUUAGCGUCUGCACUGUAACCAGACCCCAGGGGGUUUGUGUGACGGUACAGCGUGAGGGGCCCCGGGCUAUGUGACUGCGUUCUUGACCACGUCCCGGGUGCACUGCUGGGACACUGGAGGUUGGCAUGUCCCUCCCCUCAUCUGAGGAGGAGCGAGGAGGGGGAAGUGGGCAGGGAGCCAAUGACACAGAGGCCAAAGCCGAGCUGGGGGCCAGAUUUUGCCAGACCCCCACUUCGCCCCUGGCUGAGUCCUUCCUGUUCUCACGGGAGAAGGGACAUGGCUCUGUCCCCUGAGGAGCCUUCCCCAGGGAAGACGUGUGUCCUCACUCCCUGCCGAGUCCUGGACACGCAGCCCCAUCUCACCUGCUUUCUCACCAGGUGCCAGUGUUAUUGGCCAAACCCUCACGACACAGGCAGCCCCAGAGCAAACACAGUGACUUCCUAGGACAGGGCUGUGGCCCAGACCCUCUCUGGAGAACGGGCCUCGUGGGGGCGCGGCACCUCCAUGGCCCCGUGUGAGACGCCUCCUGCGGGAGGGUCAGCUCAGCCCCACAGGUUAGCCUGUGUUCCCGCCCCCGUCCCACGCUGUCACAUGUGCACGCAGCUCUGCAUGCUGCCCCCACCUGGUGGCAUCUCAGAGAAGCAGCGUGGCCACACUGCAAUGUCCCAUUGUGGGAGAUUUAUGUCCAGAUGUGGCCUCCACGAGUCCCCAGUGCUAUAUUAUUUAGGGCUGCUUUCUCUACCAAACACCCGCAUAGACAAUGUGGUUAAAAUAAAAUGCAUUUCUUAUAAAUAUCUCCAUGAAGGAGUUAUACGGGGAAGGCCCAAGCGCCCGUUGGGAGCCGACUGGGGUUUGUUUUAUUUAAAUACAGAGACAUAAAUAACUGUCCAUGGGGCAGGAAAUAGAGAGUGGUGCGACACCGCCUCCUGGUGGUCAAUCCAAGUGGUGCAAUCAGAAGCCAGUUCCAUCCUCACCCACUGGCUGCGACCAGCAUUGAAGAUUUCUUCUCCAAGGAACGAGGGAGGCCCCUACUCUCCAUUACCCAGGGAAGAGUGGAAUCAAGGGAGACAAGAGGUUCCACUCCGUCCAGGCUGCUACUUG